AUCUCUACCAUUCUUCUCCAAAGACCUUAUUAAUUCUUUCUUUCUUAUUAAAUGGGUAUGGGAUUUCAAACGCCGCCGCUCAAUUCUCCGGCCGGAAAAUGGCUAGGUUUUGUAACGGCGGUUUGGGUUCAAGCCAUCUCCGGCAACAACUACACCUUUUCAAACUACUCCGAUGCACUCAAAUCCCUUAUGGCCUUAACCCAACUCCAACUUAAUAACCUCUCCGUUGCUAAAGACGUCGGAAAAGCCUUCGGACUUCUCGCCGGAAUUGCCUCCGACCGUCUCUCUACCCCUGUUAUUCUCCUCAUAGGUUCUAUCGAAGGUUUCAUUGGGUACGGUGUCCAAUGGUUGGUUGUCAGCCAAAGAAUCCAACCUCUUCCUUAUUGGCAGAUGUGCAUAUUUCUAUGCAUGGGAGGGAACAGUACAACAUGGAUGAACACGGCGGUUCUUGUUACUUGCAUUCGGAAUUUCCGAAAAAACAGAGGCCCUGUUUCGGGUAUCUUAAAGGGUUAUGUCGGUCUCAGCACCGCCAUCUUCACCGACGUUUGCUCGGCCCUUUUUGCCGACGACCCAGCUAGUUUCCUACUAAUGCUAGCCAUCGUUCCCUUCGCCGUCUGUCUCGCCGCCAUCUUCUUCCUCCGGGAACUUCCACCAUCCUCCACCCCCGAUGAGGAUAAACAAGAAUUCAAAUUCUUUGGUAUAAUCAAUACGAUUGCCGUCGUUAUUGCACUUUAUCUAUUAACAUUUGAUGUUACCGGAAACCAUGGCCAAAAUGUUUCUCGUGUUUUCGCCGCUAUUUUACUUGUCCUCUUGGCAUCUCCGAUUGGUAUUCCUAUUUUUCUAUCGUUUAGAAAUUUAAUCCGGUUUGAUGCUAACCCGGAAUCUGAGGUGGAGAGAGUUGUGACUGAACCGUUGUUGACUGGGUCAACGGAGAAUAAUAAGCCGACGCCGCCGGAGACGGCGGUUGUGGCGGCGGAGGAACCGGAAAAUGGACGGGCUGUGGUGAUUGGGGAGGAUCAUACUAUAAUGGAAGCUUUUAAGACGGUUGAUUUCUGGAUUCUGUUUUUCUCGUUUUUAUGUGGGGUGGGUACGGGUUUGGCGGUUAUGAAUAAUAUGGGUCAAAUGGGUCUGGCUCUCGGGUAUGCGGAUGUAUCCAUGUUUGUUUCUUUGACUAGUAUAUGGGGUUUCUUCGGGCGGAUCCUUUCGGGCACGGUUACUGAGUACUUCGUCAAGAAAUGUGGAACGCCUAGGCCUCUUUGUAAUGCAGCAUCACAAAUUCUAAUGGCGGUUGGUUACAUAGUAAUGGCAAUGGCAAUGCCCGGGUCAUUAUAUAUCGGGUCAAUUAUAGUUGGUAUAUGUUAUGGAGUUCGUAUAGCAGUAACCGUCCCAAUAGCAUCGGAGCUUUUUGGUUUAAAGUAUUACGGGCUUAUCUACAACGUUUUGAUCCUAAACUUACCACUCGGUUCGUUUCUCUUCUCCGGAUUACUUGCGGGUCUACUUUACGAUCAUGAGGCAACUAGUACCGCCGGUGGAGGAAACACUUGUAUCGGGGCUCAUUGUUAUAGGUUAGUGUUUAUUGUGAUGGCGAUUGUAUGCGUGAUUGGAUUCGGUUUGGAUAUAUUAUUGUCGAUAAGGACUAAGAAAUUGUAUGCGAAGAUAUGCGCGGCGAGGAAAUCGGGCGGGUCUUCUUGAUCCAUGGAGUGUUUGGGAUGGAUUGAUGGGUAGGAAUUGGAUUUUCUCAAAUGAUAUCCGGACCUAAGGAUUAAUUAAUGAGUUAGUAGCUAGCUUAUUUUUUUAAGAAUGUGUUGGAUUUUGGUAAAAGGAAAAUAGGUAUGUGAUUUAUUGAUGCUUUAUUUAUUUAAUUAAUGUGAGUUGUAA